UCUUCUACCUUCCUCUCCACCUUCUUCUUCUACCUUCCUCUCCACCUUCUUCCUCCUUUUCUUUUCCAUUUUCUCUCUCCUCCUCUUCUCUCUGCAUCUAUCACCAAAUCAAUACAUCAAAUCACAUCAUUUAUCCUAUCAUCACCACCACCAUCUCCAAUCUCCAAGCACCCACCAUUUUCUUUCUCGUUCUAUCUUUCUUUCCCACAUUUUCUUUGUAACUUUCUAAAUCUCCAAGUUACCACCAUUUUCUUUCUCCUUUUCUUGUUCUUUCCCACAUUUUCUUUCUCAUUCCCAAUUAAGCUUUUUAUGAAUCUUUCACAUAUAGAGAAUUAUGUACAUCAACAAUAGUUGAAGAAAAAAAUAUGGGGAAUAGUGAAAUGCAUAAAUUAGUUGGAGGAAGAGGAGGAGAAUUUGCUUCUCCUAAUUAUACCACCGCAACCUCUAUCUAAAAAGGUUAAGGAAAGGAACCACCUCAUCUUCACAUUUCUGUUGUGGUUUUCCUCCUCUGCUGUGUCAUAUUUUGGAAUAGGGCUAAUUCUUGGAUUGGGGUUGCAGUUUUCACCAUGGCAACCAAAAUCUAUAAGGGUUUCAAGUACAUCUCCCAAAUCUUUGUUGUUAAGGAGCGUGAAAUAGAAAUUGGGUACCCAACAGAUGUUAAACACGUGGCACAUAUUGGGUGGGAUGGCCCUUCAUCUGGUAGUGCACCUAGCUGGAUGAAUGAAUUCAAGACAUCAUCGGAUUUUGCUGCAACGUCUAUUAGUAACAUUGCUGAAACAAAAGGUUCAACCUCUGGAAUAUCAACAUGGUCAUCUCAAGACUUUGAAUCCAUGGACCGGCAAGCAAUACCUGACAUGUUCAAAGACAUACCACCCAUAGACCUUCCCAACAUUCCAAACAAACAGAAGAGGAAGAAAAUCAAAUCAACUUCCUCCCCGAAGUCGUCCUCGUCCUCCUCAAGAUCAUCCCGAGCAGCAAAAUCAAAGUCCAAGUUUGUUGAAAACAAUGCCAUACCAAAAAAAAUAGAAGUGGUGUAAAAUUAUAGACUUGGAGCCAAGACAUGAAAGACGUUUCAAUGAUCGUGUUUCAAUGAUCGUAUUAUCUCGGCGAUUGUGAAGUCCCCCUUUACAUGCAGUAGCUUAAAAAAAAACACAACGGAUUGGAAGGAAAUCUAUUUUGUGAAUAUUUAAAAGUGUGCAUUGCUUCUGUGACAUUAACAUAAACACAGAUAAUAAAUAUCAGAAAUUAGGUGCCGGACUAAGAGAGAUGAGACAAAAAGAUGUAACAAACGUUCAAGCAUCAAGAAAACACCUAUUAUUGCCAAAGUAUGGCAGUUUGGUCCAAAAUGGAUUCUCCAUGCUAUAGCAGCGGUUAAAUUUGGCUUUUGCCAAAUAUUGUCAAAUUUAGCACAAAUUUUGGCAGAUGUCAAAUCUGUCAGCUCACUCAAAACUAACUGCUUUCCUUCCUUCCCUCCUUUACUCUCUUCAUUUCUCAUCCAUUCAUGGAAAAAAACUCCCCAAAACAGAUAAUUUUUUU